UAUAUUCAAAGUACCAGUUACUUUUCAAAUGCAAAUGUCUCAGAAACAUAAAAUGUCCUAUGACUCUAGCAGGUUCAGCAUUGAGCCUGUGCAAAAUCUGGGGUCAUGUUGCUUCCUGCAAAGUGGGAACCUAGACUACUCCUCAUCCUCUGAUAACGGUAGCCAUACAACCUACCCUUCUGUUUGUAUUUUCGAACAAUAUUGCACCCUGGAAUCUUCUACAAACAACAAUAUCCCUUCCCUAAACUCUCCAUCUACUGUCAGUUUCUCACCUAACAAUAGCCCAGUCUCAAAGCUGCAUUCAAAAGCAUAUGUGUUGAGUUCACAAAAUUUGCUUGAAAUUGUUAAUGAAUCGCUAGAAAACAAAUCUUUCUUGACACUUAACGAUGAUGAGCUGAGGCACAAGAUAAGAGAGCUUGAAAGUGCUAUGUUGGGACAUGAUACAGAUAUUCUGGAUACCUAUGAUACCAUAAUUCCAAAAGAAUCUGAUUCGUUUUUGAAAGAGGCAGAAAGGUGGAAGAGGAUGAUGGCAAUGAUAUCUAGAGGGGAUUUAAAAGAGAUGCUUUGUACAUGUGCAAAAGCAGUGGCAGGAAAUGAUAUGGAGACAACUGAAUGGUUGAUGUCAGAGUUGCGUAAAAUGGUCUCUGUCUCCGGCAAUCCAAUCCAACGAUUGGGAGCAUACAUGUUGGAGGCUCUUGUUGCAAGGCUUGCCUCUUCAGGAAGCACAAUCUUCAAAGUCUUGAAAUGUAAAGAGCCUACUAGUAGUGAACUCCUUUCACAGAUGCAUCUACUUUAUGAAAUCUGUCCAUAUCUCAAAUUUGGUUACAUGUCAGCAAAUGGAGCUAUUGCUGAAGUCAUGAAGGAGGAAAGUGAAGUCCACAUUAUUCAUUUUCAGAUUAACCAGGGAAUUCAGUGGGUAAGCCUAAUCCAAGCUAUUGCUGGAAGACCUGGAGCACCCCCCAAGAUUAGAAUAACAAGUUUUGAUGACUCCACUUCAGCUUAUGCCAUGGAAGGAGGCCUUGAAAUUGUUGGAGCAAGGUUAUCAAGGCUUGCACAAUCAUAUAAUGUACCCUUUGAGUCUAAUUGCUAA